AUGCCGCCGCGGCCCGAGGCCCCGCCUGGCAGCAACGGCUCGGGCCUGCCGCCGCUGCAGCCCGGGCCGGCACGGGACGCAACCAGCGAGGCGCCUGCGCCGGGCGGCGCGCCGAGAAGCGAUGGCGAGACCCCCGAGCGGUUACCCGAGGAGGUGUCCGAGGUGCCCGGCAGCGAUGGGCCGCCAGAGGGGGGCGCGCCCUGCGAAGACACGCCUGGGUUUCUGGACGAGCGGCACGAGCCGUGCGGGGCGUGGGCCUCCCGCCAGGUCGAGUGCCACAGGGCCACGGAGGAGAUCGGCUUCUCGCAGGACGGCGAGAAUGCCGUGGUCCGCAGCUGCCGCAAGUCGUGCGGCCUGUGCGGCAGCAGGCCAGCGGGCGCUCCCGCCCCCGAGGUGGAUGGCACGGCGCCGCAGCCCACCGCACCAGAGACGACGGAGCCAGAGAACACGACGCUGGAGGCGGCGACGCCGUGCGACUGCGACGACGAGGAGACCGUGCACGUGAAGAUCACCGCAGUGCUGACCCCGAAGACUCAAGCGCCCGGCGGCUCGCUGGCCCAGCGGGCAGCGCGCGGCGGAGGCCGGCGCUACGGCUCGGGCUGCGACUGCUCGGGCGGGCGCGGCGGAAGCGCGCCGCCGGUGCACGUGGAGAUCGCGGGCGCGGAGAACUCGCCAGUGUCGGCGGUCGCCCGUGCACUCACCGCCGCCGUGGCAGCCCCAGACGUUGAGACCACGCCGGACGAUGUUCCGUGA